AUGGGAGGCCUUAUCAACCUCCGAGGCCGAAGCCUCUACUGGCUGAUGAAGUUCAUAUGCGGAACUUCCUUCAUGAUGUACGGGUACGAUGCUGGUGUGCUCGGUGGUGUGGUUUUGCACAAGCCCUUCCUGGAUGCAAUUGGCAAUCCCACGGGAGAAUGGGUUAUACCGUGGAUUUCAAGUUCCUACUCCUUGUCGGCGUGUAUCACCUGCCUGAUCGUCGCCACCUUUGCCUUCAAGAUUGGCCGGAGGGGGACCAUUCUUUUGGGAAAUGCCGCCGCCAUUGUCGGUUCCAUCAUUCAAGCGACCGCCAACUCUGUGGCACAACUAACCGUUGGUCGAAUCAUAACAGGCUUUGCCAUCGGUUGCAUUUCCAGUGCUGUGCCCACCUACCUUGCGGAGACUGGAGUCGAGAUAGGAGACCGUGGCCCUGCGAAUGCAUUCAACGCCAUAAUGCUGAUUAGCGGCGUCCCGAUUGCAUACUGGAUUGACUACGGCAGUAUCAAGUCCAACGGCCAAUGGAGCUGGAGAGCCCCCAUUGCCUUUCAAUGUAUCUUCGCGCUUACUGCGGGAGUGUGCAUGCUCUUCCUCCCCGACACACCGCGAUACUACUAUGCAAAGAACCGCCACGCGGAGGGCGACGACGCAUUGGAACGGCUGAAUGAUGCUCCCAUCGAUUCGGAACAAGUCCAGAGGAUCAAGCGGGAGAUCCUCAUCGCCAUCGAAGCAGAAGAGGAGGCAAAGUCUAGUUUACAUUGGAAGGCAUUUACGAGCAGCGGCAUCAUCGACCGCACACCCAUGAAGAUCAUCCGACGGCUGUGUAUCUGCUUUUGGCUCCCGAUGAUUAGGGAAUGGAUGGGCUCUUCAUUGCUUGCCUAUUGGAGCUCUGUGAUCCUCAGCCGGGUUGGCGCCCGCCCCUCCCUCGUUAGCUUGCUUGCGGGCAUUCUCAACAUCUGCUUUGCCCUCGGCUGUGUCCCGCUCUACUUUACCAUUGAAAGAGUCGGACGUCGCUCGGUUCUUCUCUACGGGGCCUGUGUCAUGUCGGUCCUGAUGCUCAUUUUCACCGUCCUCCAAGCUGUUUCCCCGACACAAUCAGUUCAAUGGGCAGGGAUCGGCAUCAUCUUCGCCUUUCUCUUCGUGUUCGGGUAUGCCUGGCAGGGCUGCGUGUGGCUUUACUGCUCCGAGGUCGCGCCGCUCGAAUAUCGACAUAUUGGCGGCGCGUUCACGGGGUUCGGCGAGUGGCUGAUGACCUUCAUCACUGUCUUCGCCGGCCCCAUCGGCCUGACCAAUGUGGGCUGGAAAUUCUGGCUGUGGGUGCUCAUCGGCAACCUCGUGGCCGUGGCAUUUGUCUUCUUCCUGUGUCCCGAGACAGGCGGCAAGACGCUCGAGCAGGUCGACUUCUUGUUCUCCAAGAGCGGGUUCGUUACGGGCAUGAAGAAGGCCGAGGCCGCGCACGACCUGGAUGAAGAGGAGGGAAAUGGGAAUGAGCGCUGGAUCGAGCUCCAGGGUAAAGCUGCAGAGCAGCGUGUCGAGGUCAAGGGUUAG